AUGGCUCAUAAGUUGAAUACUACACCAAGAUGUCAAACAACUAACAAUUCAAAAAAUUCAAGGUCGUUGUUAGUAAACAAACCAAUGGAAAUUGAAGUUUUUUUUUUAUGUUUUGGACAAAAAUGUGGAAAAAGUUUUGUGUUGUUAAAAUGUUGUCAACACAUAAGACAGAAACAUGACUGA